AUGACCCAGGUAGACGUCGCAACCAAAGCUCCCGAGAGCGAUGCCGCUGAGACAGCUGGCGAGACUAUCACCGAGCCCGUGACGGAGUCCACCUCCGCGGCCGACACCCCAGCUCAGUCCACCACCAGCCCGACUACUGCCACAGCAGGAGCAGGAGAGCACAGCGAGCACUGCGUGACUGACAGACCGACUCCUGCUGGCCAGUCCUCGAGCGGCGAGAUCAUUAAGAUCAACGAUGUUGACGUCUACAUCUCCAAGCCCGCCGAUUACCCCCAUGCGCCCGCUAGACUUCUUCUCCUUUUGACCGGCGGUACAGGCCUGAAGUCAACGAACAAUCAAAUUCAAGCCGACAAGUUCGCCAGUGAAGGCUUUUUGGUGGUCAUGCCGGAUCUUUUCAACGGCGACACGGCACCUAACUCGUCAACCAUCGACAACAGCGAGGACACUGGCUCAUUCCUGGACACUUUCAAACUCAAGAUAGUCGAGACGGCUAAGAGCUUUCAGAUUGACAUGUGGCUGGCGCGACAGACGGAGGAAAAGGUCCUGCCUAUUCUAUACAGGGUCAUUGACGGCUGCAAGGAGAAAUUUAAUGAUGCCGUGAAGAACGGUGAUGGCAUCUACGCUGUUGGCUACUGUAUCGGAGGACGAUACAUCUUGCACCUCGGAUCUGAGAGGAGUGUGCCAGCAAGCGGUCAAGGAUCUGCAGCUGAUGCUGAAGCUGGUGAGAUUAAGAAGGGCCCCUUAAUCAAGGUCGGCGCGAUAGCGCACGGCGCCUCGGUCAUUCCAGACGAUUUUCAGGGUAUCAAGGUGCCAAUAUCGCUGGUCUGCGUUGAGAAUGAUCCCCUCUUCCCCGAGGAGGUUCGUACUCACGGCGAAGAUGUCAUGUCCAAGGCGAACUUGGAGCAUGAGGUGCAAGUUUAUCCCGGCGUGCCUCACGGCUUUGCUGUUGUUGGUGAUUAUCAGGACGCAUCAAUCAAGGAUGCUCAGGCUACGGCAUACGAACAAAUGCUCAAGUGGAUCAAGGAGCAUUAA